UUUCUUCCGUUUCAUUGGAGAUUAUGGUUUUCCCUUUCCAUUAUUACCGGCCCCUCAAUUAUCACUCCUUACGUUGUUCCUCUGCAAUUUCAUCCCAAAUUGCCUAUGUCCUUCGAACGAAGACGAAGACCGAGCCGCAGAAAGACAAUUUUUUUUUUCUUUUUCAUUUCCUAACCGCGUCUGCCAAUGAUUUUGCUACCUCUGCUGCUACUUCGUAAUUAGUUACCCACUACCAUUACUGAGUUGCAAUAUAUAUUCGAUGAUAGUCAGAAUAUAUAUUGCAAUUUUGCAUUACGAAAACUUAGAAAACUUUUUGCACGCUUCAUUCCCAAGACAUUAUUCAUUCACUCACACACUUACUCGUCCUGAAAUACAAAUUACAUGCGCGUUUUUGUAGACACAACCAAGAAUUUCAUGUUGUUAUUACUACCGAAAUGAUACUGGCUAGUCACAGAAGGCAGAUGAUAAAGAAAGGAAACCAGACAAAUAUAUGGUAGUCACCAGCAACAACAGAGUUUUUCAUCUUCUUAUGGUAACCUGAAGAAAGAAAAAAAAGAUGAAUAAAAAAGGAAAAGAAAUACAACAUAAAAAGAUUUUGAUAAAUUCUGUGUUAUCUUGGACUCUUCAAGAUGUACUCAACCAUCACCUUUACAGAGAUAAGGUGGAGACGAUCCCGAAGACUUUCUCAUCACUGGAGCAAUACUUGAAUUCUUAUCGGUAUCCUCUACUCGAGGAAAUUCAUGCUGAAAUGAACGCAAGCAUGGAAAAUCUAUCUCAGUCACCUGCAUGUAGAAUUGUUUCCGUCAAGAAAGAUCGAAGUUAUAAACCACCUGAAAAACUAUUGCACCAAGUUAUAUUUGAUGGUCAAUAUCAGCCGUAUCGUAAUGAUGUGAUUGCCUUGUUGGACGCAAGACCCACAUCUUCGGAGGACUUACACAACCCCCAAAGAUUGUUUGUUCCAGCUAUAGUCUUAGAUGUAAAUAUUAAACGAAAACAUAACGCGCUCCAAAUUCUUACAUUGAAACCCAUUAUGGCAGAAAAGGGUGAGGAGAAGAUGAUCGAACCUCGUUCUGCAGUGUUCCUUUUAAACCUUUUACCCAGUCUUCGAAUAUGGGAAGCUCUAAAUGGCAGGAACUCCAGCAUUCUUAAGGAGGUGGUGUCUUUUGAUUCCCGGGUUGAAGUUAGUUGUGGUGUAUGCUCUCAAAAGGUGGAAUGCCUUCAGGAAAAUAAUCUGCAUACGUUUAAUCUGAAUGAGUCACAACUUGAAGCAGUAAUAAGCUCUAUUGAAACAAGUAAAUGUGAUCACAAAAGCUCAGUCAAACUAAUAUGGGGUCCUCCAGGGACUGGGAAGACAAAAACGGUUAGUGUCAUUCUUUUUGAGCUCUUAAAGAUGAAAUGUAAAACGCUUACAUGUGCUCCAACUAACACUGCAAUUGUGGAAGUUACUUCGCGGCUCAUGAAGAUCGUAAGGGAUGCAUCAUUACAAAAUGGCAGUUAUGGUUUGGGAGAUAUACUACUACUUGGAAAUAAAGAUCGCUUGAAGAUGCAUGAGCAUGAUCACCUUGCAGACGUGUUUCUAGAUAACCGUAUUGAAGCACUUAGUCAGUGUUCUGUGAGUUUCUCUAAAUGGGGGAGUUGGAUAAAAACAAUGAUAUCGUUGCUCAAAGACUCUUAUCAAUUGUACCGUAAGUACUUGGAAAGCAGAAAAAAUACCAAAACGGAGAAUCGGACUUGCUGUCUGUUUUGCGGUAAAAGAGAUCAAGUAGACGAUCUUGAGGAUGAAAAGAUAAACAUUGCUCUAAGAAUUAGUCUUUUCAUGAGAAAACAACUGCGUUACUUUGAGAAAGAAAUGAGUUCCUGCAUAAAAUGUAUGUGUACUCACAUGCCAACCUCAAUAGUUUCUGUGAAAAUGGUGGGUAAUAUGUUUAGAGCACUAGAGUUGUUCAAGUAUUUUACAUCGUUGCUGCAAGAUGGCUCUUUUACCGAUCAACAAGUUACGAAAAUCUUCUCUGGCUCCGAAACCAUACAAUUUACUGUCAGUGACCCUUCUUUACGCUUCUUGAGUAAGACUCGUAAUGAGUGUCUUGAGAUUCUAUAUUCUCUUACCAAGCUUUCCGUACCAUUGUUCCGUAAUGAUCGCGCAAUCAGAAUGUUUUGUUUGCAGAGGGCUCGUCUUACUUUUUGCACUACAUCAAGCUCAGCUAAGUUAACUAAAAUUACAAAGACGAAAUUAGUGAUUAUUGAUGAAGCUGCUCAGCUUAAAGAAUGUGAAUCAGCAAUUCCCCUUCAACUACCCAAUGUUCAACAUGCUAUUCUCAUAGGCGAUGAACGGCAGCUCCCUGCAAUGGUCCAAAGCAAGAUCUCUGAGGAGGCUGAAUUUGGAAGAAGUCUUUUCGAGAGAUUGGUAUCACUAGGACACAAGACGCACCUUCUCAAUGUACAAUACAGAAUGCACCCUUCUAUUAGCUUAUUCCCGAAUUCUGAGUUCUACAGCAAACAGAUUUCUGAUGCUUACAGUGUUCAACAAAAAAGCUAUACGAAAGAUCUGCUUCAAGGAAAUAUGUAUGGCCCUUACAGUUUUAUCAAUAUGUCUUGUGGAAAGGAAGAACUCGAUGAUAAACACAGUUUGAAUAAUAUGAUGGAGGUUGCAGUAAUUGCUGAGAUAAUCGAAAACCUUUUCCAAGCAUCAGUUGCAAAUGGGCAGAAGGUCAGCGUCGGUGUUAUAUCUCCAUAUAAUGCACAAGUUAUUGCCAUCAGUAAGAAACUUGGGUUUAAAUACGUAUCGCAUAGCGACUUUUCAGUGAGCGUUCGAUCAAUUGAUGGGUUUCAAGGUGGAGAGGAGGAUAUCAUACUUAUAUCUACUGUGAGGUCUAAUGAUUAUGGUUCAAUUGGUUUCCUUGCUAAUCAUCAGAGAACGAACGUCGCUCUAACAAGGGCAAGGUACUGCCUCUGGAUUCUCGGGGAUGGCAAAACUUUAAUGAAAAACAACAGUGUCUGGAGGAAAAUAGUUCUUGACGCCAAGGGCAGAGGGUGUUAUUUUAAUGCCGAGGACGAUAAGAGAUUAUCUAAAGUAAUCAUAGAUUCCCUGGUCGAGUGUGGCCAGCUUAAUGAUUUGCUCAAAAUGAAGUCUCUCAUUUUCAAAGGGGCAAGAUGGAAGGUUAUCUUUGAAGAUGACUUUUGGAAGUCAUUUGUAAGAAUCAAAGGUGUUGUGACCCGGAAGGAUGUGGUUGCGAUUUUAAUGAAGCUUGCAACUGGUUGGCGUGAUCGUCCAUCGAGAUCGAGACGGAAAAAACUUACAAUCACGAAUGGUGCAUCUUCACCGUUGUUGAAACAGAACAAUGUAGACGGGUUUUAUAAACUUCUUUGGACUAUAGAUAUUGUCAAGGAAAACAAAAAACACAUCCAAGUCAUAAAGAUUUUGAAUAUUCUACCACAUAUGGAGAUACCCAGAUUAGCUAAGAAUCUUGACACCGUCUUCGGGAGUUAUUCAAUCGAGAAAAUGUCGCGCUGCGAAUUCAAAUGUUUGGAAGGGUGUGGAGACACUGGAAGUUCCAAUGAGCUGGGAAUCCCACUGGGUUACCAAACAAAGAUACCUCAAACCCAAAGAGAUGUCAACUGGAUUGGCUUCACUUAGUCUCUGGGAUAGGAAGGCAACACAACAAAAGAGUUAAAGAUUGAACUAGUUGUUGUUGCUCAUACCUUAGCCUCAAAUUCAGUUAUGUUCUUUUUGUGGAUAGGGGAUACCACUCCACCUGAAUGGUUAAGCCCAGCGCUAGAAAUGCAACAGAGUAGCAACUAGCAACAAACCCAAGAAGAUGGGUCUUUCUAUCCGGUUAACGUGGCAAUCUCAUCCCUGUAGUAUUCCCCUGCUGCACCAGCCCUCACAAAGCAACUUCACCAGAGUCCUGACAGAGAACCUUAUGUGGGUCCCACUUAAAGCCGGAGAAUCUUGAAUGAAAGACACUAGAGGGAGUGGUUGUUGUUUUUACACGUGUCUACCGAAUGAAUAAAUUUACUGGUGCUAUAUUGGCAAUGACCAUUUGGUCCUUUUUGUUUUGGAUAAGCUUCUAAACUUUAUGCUGGGGACCUGGAAACUUCAAUCAUUUCACAAAAACAGUACAAUAUUUUUAUAUUUUGAUCUUUCUAUAUAAAUCUUCAUACCAGUUCUCUCAUUA